GCUAGUCUCAGGUGUCGAACGACUGCUCGUGCAGUCGGCCGCGCUCGAUCGGGGCGCCCAUGCACGACGUUGACGUCGUCGUCGUCGACGGCGGAGGCGGCGGUAGGGGGAGAGAGGAGAUGCAUUUCUUGAUCGUGUCAGGGGCGGCCCAGGGGCAGAUCACGCCGGCGAGGCGUCUGGCGCGCGCGCUGGUGGCGGCGCAGCCGGGGGUCAGGGCUACGAUGGCCGUGCCGCUGUCGGCGCUGAGGAGGAUGUUCCCCGGGAAGGCGGCUGAGGGGGGCGCUGCCGGGGAGGGGGCCGUGGUGUUUUCCGACGGAGCCGGCGUCGACUACGCCGCGUUCACCGACGGGUUCGACGACGGGUUCCGGCCCGAGCAGUGUGACGGGGCGGUGUUCGUCGGGAGGCUGCAGCUCGUCGGCCCGGCCUCGCUGGCGCGGCUAGCGGCGGCGCUGCGUGCGCGGGGGAGGCCCGUGACGUGCGUCGUGUACACUCUGCUUCUUCCGUUCGCCGCCGCCGUCGCCAGGGACCUCGACGUGCCGGCGUACUUCUUCUGGACGAUGCCGGCGGCCGUGCUGUCAGUGUACUACCAUUACUUCCACGGCCGCCAUGGACUCGUCGACGCCGCUGCCGGCGUCCAUGACGACCCCGACCGCCGAGUCGAAGUCCCUGGCCUCGAGUUCCUUCGCGCUCGUGACCUUCCGUCGCUGCUCACUGGGCCAAGCCCCUACCUGCCGGCAUUCCGGGAGAUGUUCCACGUCGUCGAGUCCACCGCCGCCGCGUCGUGCCACGGCAAGAGCGGCGCCAAGCCGCGCGUUCUCGUGAACACCUUCGACGCGCUGGAGCCAGAGGCGCUCGCAUCCGUUCCCGGCAUUGACCUCCUCCCAGUGGGGCCCAUGGUCACCGACGCGGAGGCAGAUGAUGGCGGCGGCGACCUCUUCCAGCAGGACGACAAUAACGGCUACAUGCAGUGGCUCGACAAGCAGGACGACGCCUCCGUCGUGUACGUCGCGUUCGGCAGCCUCGCCGUGCUCUCGGCGAGGCAGCUGGAGGAGAUACGUCAGUGUCUCGACGUGGCCGGACGGCCGUACCUCUGGGUGGUCCGGCGCGACAACCGCGACGGCGGCGGGCGGGACGGGGACGCAUGCGCCGCGCCGGCGGGCGGGGUGGUGGUGGAGUGGUGCAGCCAGCCGCGGGUGCUGGCGCACCGCGCGGUGGGGUGCUUCGUGACCCACUGCGGGUGGAACUCGACGCUGGAGACCGUUGCCUGCGGCGUGCCGGCGGUGAUGGCGCCGCAGUGGUCCGACCAGGCAACGAACGCGCGCAUGGCCGAGGCGCGCUGGGGCGUCGGCGUGCGCGCGGAGGCCGCGGCGGACGGCACCGUGCCCUCGUCGGAGCUCGCCCGCUGCAUCGACGCGGUUAUGGGCGACAGCGACGACGCCCGCGCGAUACGCCAUCGCGCGAGACAGUGGAAGGCCCGCGCCGCCAUGGCGCUAAGCGUUGGCGCCAGCACCGACAUCGACGGCAACGCGACGGCGGCGCGCAACCUGAGACGGUUUCUGCAAGGCGUCGACCGCGAGCAAGCAUCAAGUGCAGAACUAACUAGAGGGCAGCGUGGAAAUUUACCCCAAGUAAAAGGGUAGUUUUGGAAUUGACUAAAUUUGUAAUUGUGAUAUUCUUUUGCUAUUCAAAUAGAUUGAUGGAUGGGUAGAUAUAUUGGGUAGAAGUGUGCUGAUUUUCUUUUAAAGAUAAUCUGCAGUGUUGUUGUGAUGAAUGAUAUCCUAUGGUUAAUCCCCUUUGUA